AUGUCGCCUGGUUUAGUCGCAGUAAAAUUUGAAAUUUUUGGUAAAGUUCAACGCGUUUUCUUCCGAAAGUACACGCAACAGGAAGCGCAACGACUUGGCCUGCAUGGCUGGUGCGAGAACACGCCGUCGGGGACGGUGCAUGGCGAGCUGGAGGGACCAGCGGACAAGGUUCGCGAAAUGAAGAGAUGGCUGGAGAAGACAGGUUCUCCAAAAAGUCGUAUAGAGAAGGCUGUAUUCAGCGAGGAGACCGCCAUCCAGUCCUACACCCACGUCUCUGGUUUCGAAGUCAUCCGCCAGUGA